GCGGGACCGUUUCAUACUGCUGUUUUUUUUUAUUGACUUGCUAGCAUGAGCUGCUGGGUUGGCGGCUUUACUUACAGUGUGGUGUCAUAUAUUCAUAGGUUACUAGAUCGCAAAGUAAGGCAAAUUUACAUUAGAUGACACCAUGUAGCCUUCAAUAGCAUGCAAUAAAAAUAAAUAAAAAAACUAUUCCGCAUGCUAGCAUGAAAGCUAACACUAUAGCUAGCUAGCACGGCCGGUUUAAUUUCAAGUGACAUGAAUGCAUUGCUAUAUUUUGAUCAAUCGUUUAGCUGCGAUUUAUUCCAGUAAUCUAGCUAGCUAUUACCCAAAGCAUGAUGACUUGCUGAUUUAGUUAGCCGUAGUUUUAGAUUCACUGUUAUUCUUACCUUUUGUCAUCUGUAACGGUUGAUAUAUCUUGCUAGCUAAUCUGUGCCAGGCUUAUGUCAUAUUGCAGUAAAACCUUCGACUGCGUUUACAUUGGAAGUCCACUUCAGAUGUUUUUUUGGUUUUUUUAAAGGUUUCCACAUUUUACCAAUCUGAUGUGAUUAAUCGAAAGACGGAUUACUGAAUUGGGCUGCCUGUGUAAAUGCAGCCCAUAGUGCCAUGCAACUUCACCGUGUUAUGUGCCCCUUUCAUCUUUUCAGCCUUAAAACUCUGCCAGCACUGUGAAAAAGCUGAUGUUCCAAAAUGCCUCAUAAACCCCUCAAGUUACACAAGAGUACCAAAUUCAAUGAACUGGGAGUUUACCAGUGGCUGGCCAGUCACUGGCCAGUCCAUGUGCCCAGGGGAAUCCGCCUGUACACAUUUGAACAGAUCCCGUUAUACAUGAAAGAAAACCCAUACAUUACAGAUGGAUACAGGGCCCGCUUACAAUCCAAACUCUGUCUAAAAAGUAUUUUCAUCCUGUCCAAUGAGACGGUCAACAUAUGGAGUCAUCUGCUGGGGUUUCUGCUCUUCUUCUUACUGGGGGUGAAUGACAUGUGUGCAGUGCUGCCAGCUUCAGGUGCCAACAGAGAAGACUAUGUCAUCUACUGCAUAGCGCUCUUCUGCUUUCAGGUGUGUAUGCUGUGCUCGGUGGGGUAUCACCUGUUCUCCUGCCACCUCUCAGAGAAGACAUGUCGUCACUGGUUGGCGCUGGACUACGCUGGAAUCUCUGUUGGAAUCCUUGGCUGUUACGUUCCAGGGGUCUUCUACGCCUUCUACUGCAUAGCUUUCUGGAGACAGGUGUACCUGGUGACUGUUCUAGCAUUGAUACUGGCCGUGUUCUUGGCUCAGAUCCACCCCCACUACCACUCUAGGGAGUGGCGUCACCAGCGAACCGCCAUCUUCUGCUCUGUGGCUUGUUACGGGGUCAUCCCAGCCAUCCACUGGGUCUGGCUGAAUGGAAGCUUCAGCUCAGCUGUUGUCCAGUUGUUCCUGCCUCGUGUGAUGGUGAUGUAUUUGAUAGCUGGAGCAGCGUUCCUCUUCUACAUCUCUAAGAUCCCAGAAUGCUACUUCCCAGGUCAGCUGAACUACGUAGGGGCCAGCCACCAGGUGUGGCAUGUCCUGGUAGUUUUUAUGCUUUACUGGUGGCACCAGACCUCUGUAUAUUUGAUGAACUUCAGGCACAGCCAGCCCUGCCCCCCUCUCUACACCAGCAGUGGCUAGAGCUUCAUAGACUGGUCCAGACACAAAUGAGCAGCAAUAGACUGUAUUGUAGCCCCUCAAAUCAGACUACAAGUGAACCUCAUAGUUAUAUGCUACAAGACCCAAAGCACCACAACCAGAACAACAACAACAACAACCUUACUGGCAGACCUUCCAUAUAUCCGUAGAACUAUUGAACAAGUAAACCAUCUCUCUAGUUUUCAAAGAUUGCUGCUAACAUCUUUCUGGUGAAACCUCCGUAAGACCUAGUUAUUACAAGAGGAAAAACUGGUCAGUCAGAGCCGGGUCCCAUAUCUGAGAAGUCCAAACUGACCAGGCUUGGUCAACCACUCAAACUCUCACACUGUACAAAUGACAAAUGCAGCUACAACUGAACAUGUUCUGUGAUAAUCUCAUAUUCCUGUAUUUGUUUUUUUUAACUUUAUUUAAUUUGUAUUUUUUGCAUGAAAGCUGUAUGAAUGUGACUUGCUGUGUAAAAAAGUACUUCUUGAAAUGGUGCCUUGGGCACGUUUGACCUUACAAGGGUUAUGUGCAAUAUGAAUCUAUACUGUAAAUUGAGAACAAAUGUACUGAUUAUUACUGUGACAUGUGGAUGUCCCACCUAGCUAUCUUGAGAUGAAUGCACUAACUGUUCUGAAUAUGAGCAUCUGCUAAAUGACGAAAAUGUAAAUGAACAAUAUAGACUGGUUCCAGACCUUUUAUCUCACUGUAUUCAUGAAUACAUUAGUGGUGUCACUUGGGAUUUUUUUAUUUGUGUUCAUUUCCUGUGGAACAAACUUAAUUGGGUAUUGUGAUGGGAUGAUUAUUUUAUGCAUUAGCGGUCAAAUGACUUACCAUCUACUUGAAUCCAAAGCCUGAUUCAGGAACACUUUAGAGGAAUGUAACAAACUACACCCAAUGAAAUAGAUUGGGAGAAAAAUGUCCCUUGCCUUAAUUUAUUUGUCUUUUAACUAUUUAUUUUUUCCCCCUUGUAGUCUCUUAAUAUAGUAAACAGGUUUUUGCACAACUGCAUAAGAACAUACUUUUGUGGUUCCACAUAACUUCUAACAGCCAGGAUUAUCAGUUGUAUUUCUGUAAUGUUUUACUGUUCGGUUUUACCCCAUAAUCGAAAGUCAAAAUCUGACAGGUCUCUGCAUAAUAAGCUGUACUGUAUUCCUCCUAGUGGAACUUUGAUUGAAGUCAUUAGACCUUUUCAGAUAAUGACGCUGAGAACAUAUCCCUGUCUUUAAAGGCGUAUUACUGUGAUAUUGAACGCCUCUUAUGACUGAAAACAACAAAGACAAUAGUUUGUUACAUGAGCUGUUUUUGCCUUAUUUCUGAACCAAUUUACCUUUUUUUUUUUUAAGUAUGCCUUAUGCAUUAUUCUUAUAUCUGGUUGCUAUAAUGUCUGACAUUUUGUUUGUUCAUUUAUUUUUGUGUAUUGUCUGCAUGGUUGAUGGACCUUUACUUUUGAAUGCUGGUACUUAUUAAAGGAGCAGAUUAUUUGAAUGCAUCUGUAAUAUGACAUGACUUUCUUGGAUUGCUAUCAAUAAUUGUCUGAAUAAAUAUUACUGUUA